AUCCCACUCGUCAUAUAAACCGCACUCUCCACCGGGCGGGAUAUUUCAUCAGCAUCUACAGAGAGACUACUGCUAUCUUUCCGUCUUUGUCUUUUCACAGCUAUCAACCAGAAGAUAUUAAAGGUUCUAAUCUGCUGCUGCUGCAAAAUACUGUGACCACGCACCUGCCACUUCCUGUUCUGUGUGCUCAAGCAACUGUUGCCUAAGUGAACACACGUACAUCAGAGGAGCAGUAAUAAUCAAGUACUUGGAUUGUUUACCCCAUCUGUCCAAAUCGCUUCUGCACUCACAGUCCAAAGUGUGUCGCAGGUGUUCUGUCUGAACUGUGUCAAUCACACACACCCACACUAGAAGUAUUUAAAACACAUAGCUUGGUUCUGCGCCCACACACAGUCACAGCAAAUAUGGCCAGUAAGCUGUCCAAAUUCGGCAAAAUCCUGCUGCGUCGCAGGGCAUUAGACUGUUCUGGGGAAGAAACCCAGUUCGCCCGCUGCUUGUCCACCCUGGACCUCAUUGCUUUGGGAGUGGGCUCCACACUGGGCGCCGGGGUCUACGUCCUCGCUGGCGAGGUCGCCCGAGAGAAGGCUGGGCCAGCGAUCGUCCUCUGCUUCCUCAUCGCUGCUCUGUCCUCCAUGCUGGCUGGCCUCUGCUAUGCAGAAUUUGGUGCCCGUGUCCCCAAGACGGGCUCUGCGUACCUUUACAGCUACGUGACAGUUGGAGAAAUCUGGGCCUUCAUCACGGGGUGGAAUCUCAUCCUCUCUUAUGUCAUAGGUACGGCCAGCGUUGCCAGGGCUUGGAGCUCAACCUUUGACAAUUUGGUUGAACAAAAGAUAUCCGGCUUUUUUAAAGCCUCCAUGGCAAUGAAGGUGCCAGGUGGAGUGCUGGCCGAGUAUCCCGACCUGUUUGCGCUGAUCCUGGUACUGCUGCUCACCGGGCUUCUGGCCUUUGGCGUGAGCGAAUCUGCGCUGGUGAACAAGAUCUUCACUGGCAUCAAUCUGGUGGUCCUGGGCUUUGUUAUCAUCUCUGGCUUCGUUAAGGGGGACGCAGCCAACUGGAACCUCACAGAAGAAGACUACUUCAGCUACAAAAAUAACACAAACAACAGCACGGCUUUACAUAAAGAAUUUGGUGAGGGUGGUUUUGCUCCAUUUGGCCUGGCUGGAAUUCUGUCUGGUGCAGCCACCUGCUUCUAUGCUUUUGUGGGCUUUGACUGCAUCGCAACAACCAGUGAAGAAGCAAAGAACCCCAUGCGGUCCAUACCCAUCGGCAUCGUGGCCUCCCUGCUCAUCUGCUUUUUUGCCUACUUUGGUGUAAGUGCCGCUCUGACCCUGAUGAUGCCGUAUUACCAGCUGAACACUCAGAGUCCUCUGCCUGAGGCCUUCAGCUACGUCGGCUGGGCUCCCGCCAGAUACAUCGUUGCCGUCGGUUCUCUCUGUGCUCUGUCCACCAGCCUCUUAGGCUCCAUGUUCCCAAUGCCUCGUGUUAUUUAUGCCAUGGCGGAAGAUGGGCUGCUGUUUCGCGCUCUGUCCAGGAUGAACACUCGAACCAAGACUCCCAUCCUGGCUACCAUUGUUUCAGGCAUCGUUGCAGCUCUGAUGGCCUUCCUGUUCGACCUGGCAGCUCUGGUUGACCUCAUGUCUAUAGGAACUCUGCUGGCAUACUCUUUAGUAGCCAUCUGUGUGCUAAUUCUCAGGUAUCAGCCAGGCACUCUGAAUUCGUCCAGUCAGACGGAGAAGCUGGUGGAGCUGGUAGAGGGAGAGAAGGUGGCCGUAAGCGGAGGAGACAGCGGAGACGAGUCAAUGGAGAUGGAUGACAGGCCCCUCCAAGAGACCUUCACUGCCAAGCUGCUUUUUUUCCCAAGCAGAAAUACUCCAACGCAGACCUCUGGGACCAUUGUCUACGCUACCACUGCUAUUAUUUCUGUUCUCAUCACUGUACUGUGCGUUAUCCUGGCUAACAGUCUGCCAGCGGUGCUCAACGCAAAUGCAAGCGUCGUGGUCCCUUGUAUCAUUUUAGCUCUGCUUUGCUGCGUCUGCAUCAUCAUCAUCUGGAGGCAGCCGGAGAGCAAAGAGGCCCUCACUUUCAAGGUCCCUCUGCUGCCCUGGCUGCCCCUGUUCAGUGUUUUCGUUAACAUCUACCUCAUGAUGCAGCUGGACUUGGGUACAUGGUGCCGCUUCGCCGUCUGGAUGGUCAUUGGUUUUGCCAUCUACUUCUUCUAUGGUAUUAGGAACAGCAGUGAGGCCGGCCAAAGGUCGUCCUCACGCAAAUAUGAGUCGUCGCUGCAGAACAAAAGCCCGAUUUACAAGGGAGCUCCUGACGAAAGUGACGUGGAAGCAGCCAGCAGCCCCUGAUACAGACUGACACAGACCUGAGGGGCGCUGCAGAGCACCUACACUCAUUUUUUGUCAGUCUGCAGUGUAGGUGACUUGGAGCGCUGCCCUGGGUCUAAAGGAAGGAGAGGCAAGAAAACGCCACACACGUCUUACCUCUAAUUUGGAGGCUGAUUAACUUGAUGGCUAGACACUGUAACAGAGCCACCUUCUGGUUCAUGUGUCUGUUUUUAAACAGUUUCUUCUUAGCCUUAGCCUACAGCAAACAUUUACCUGCCUGUAACACGUGCUUUGAAUGGACCUAACUAACUCAGAGUACUGCAGUACUCUUGUUGAUGAUGAGUUUUCCGUUAUGUGAAGCUGUAAACUUGAGCAAUGUUACACUUUAGCUAUGUGUUGGUAGUGUAUUGUGGCUGUAUGUUGAGCCCUCUAAGAGGUAAAUAAUCAAAACCUUGAGCCAUUAAGGUCAUUACUGUAAAAAAAACGCAGAUCAUUGAGUAAAACCUCAAACUAUUUUAAUAAGAGUCCAGAAAGAAAAUGAAGGAUGUGAAAACCAAUCACUUCUGGAUGUGUAUCGCCCGGUCAGUUUGGAUGUCGUAUCCAGUCUGAAGUAAAGACAUUACCAAGUUGAUGAUUUUUUUAAAAAUAAAAAACACUAUCAUCCUGACCACCCUUCCCACCCCAAAACAUCCAGAGAACAACAUUAAAUCAGUAAACCACAUGUUAAAAUAGUAUUAAAUGACUUAACAUGUUUUUUUUAAAUCUGUGUUCUAGUAGUUUUUAUGGCAUUUACAGAUAUUUUGUGGCCUUUAAUUUAAACCAUAAAUUAAAGCUAUGUAUUUAAGUAUAUACACCUUCCAUCUUCGCUUGUAAAACACACUUUUAGAAUUGAUUUUUAAUUAAUUUAGCAACUCCUGAUUGCAUUAACAUACCUUUUUUGCCUGACAUUCUUUACAUGGCUGUACGUGUAAAUGCGCCUGAAAAGCUCAUUGUUCAUAUCAGGUCAUGACAUGAUUAGGAGCAUGUAAAACGUCAGCUGAACUACAAUGAAUCGUGGCAUGUGUUUACCUGUCAGUCUGCUUCUAAUCAUCUUUUUAUGACCUUCUUCUUCAUUCCUUGUGAAGAACUUUUUUUUUUCACAACGGUUUUUUUUCCUUUUAGUUUCAAUUGAAACUUGUUCUUGGCAGCUUUGUCUGUUAAGUUCCUACCAACUUGUAUUAUAUUUUUACUACUUUAUAUACUUUUUAUCUAGUUUAGGACUGUUAAUAUUUCAAUGUUUAUAGAAUUGUUUGGGAUAGCUGUUUAUUUUUGUUUUGCCUUUUCAUAUCUGUUUUGAUCAAUGUGCUUUUAUGUGUUUUUCUGUCAGUUGUAUAGUUUUUAGGGUGAUUUAUUAAUGUUUCUUCUCUUUGAUGCAUUGUCACAUUUGUGGAUCACAUAUGUGAUCCUUUCCUACCAAAUUGAAUUGUGUUUUGGAAACUGUUUUCCAAAAAUAUCUUCGACCACUAAAACUUGGUCUUUAAAUUAUUUUAAAACAUAUUCUUACCCAUGUUUGGAGUCAAUGUUAUAACUUAUUGUUAAUAUCUUUUUUGUGAUAGAGUGCUUUACUGUAGAGUGUACAGCAUUUGUUAACAGAAUUUUUAUUUGUAUAAUGCUGUAAAUUAUACAAAUAUUUCUUUAAAAUAUGAGAUUUUUUUUUGUAAAUUACACCCACAGGCAUCAAUGCUGCUAAAAUCCAAAUAAUAAAAAUCCCAGUUAAAGUUUUAGAUAAAUUGCACCUGUGGAAGAAGAAUGAAGAUGCUUUUUGUACAUUUUUCCCAAAGAGACUGAGAAGAGAGAUAAUAGUUUAAUGUUAAAUACAAACUGGUGCCUGAACAACCAUUUGUUUACCUGAAAAUUGAAAGGCACUCGGGCUGGUGGAGAAAAGGGUCCAGUCUGCUUCUAGACCUUCACACUGAGCCUAACAUCCACACAUUCUUCAUUCAUUCAUGUUUCACACUUGCUUUAUCCAAAUCAGGAUAGCAUUUUCUUAGUCGCCGAGACCAUCCAGAGGAGGUUAUGUAAUGAAACUGACUCACGGAGCCCGUCACACUCAGCCCUCGUGCCUUUUUAAUCGGUCCCAUCAUAUCCUUUCUCUCAAUAUGAUCCUAUUAACAGCAACAAUCUCCUUUUGUUUUAUAACCUGUAAAUAUUGCUGUCAUGUAUAAAAUGAGCUGUAUUUUCUUUUUUGUUUUUUAAUAAAAACUGAUUCAUGAUUACAA